UUAAUGAAGAUGGAAUCAGGAAGGGUAUAAAGUCAUAUCAUUCUAUACAGCCUUCAAUCCUGUAAGUCUGAAUGAGAAUCAACAGAGGAAUGAUACGCACAUAGUUGUAGACGGUGGACAUUUGCUCCACAAAGUAGUGUGGCCUCGUAAUGCGUCUUUUGGAGAAAUUGGUUCCCGAUAUGUCCAGUAAUUAUUGCAAAAUCACUACGGCUCAAAUAUAAUUGUAGUUUUCGAUGGCUAUCCGUAAAAAUACCAAGAGAUUUGAACGUCUGCGUAGAGCUCUAGCAACGUCCUCUCCUGAUCUUAUAUUCGAUGAAACAACCAUUGCUUCAGUUGCUCAGGACAAGUUCCUAUUGAAUGAUAGGAAUACAUUUAGACUCACCGACAUGCUGAAGGUUUACAUGGAAAACAACAACAUUUUAACAUUACAGGCAGAGGGAGAUGCUGAUAGGUUAAUAGUAACCACAGCCAUUUCCAUAUCCUCUUCCUACGAAGUAGUGAAGAUCGUCGGCGAGGAUAUAGAUUUGAUGGUCUUACUUUGUGGUUUGUCACGAGAUGGAGGAGACCACAUCCUUUCAACAAACAGACCAAAUAACAAUAUAUUAUAUUUGUAAAAUGUGGGAGAGGAAAAAUCACAGACCUACUCGACAAAUUCCAUUACACAAUUAUCACAACCCGGAAUAGCACUGUUCCUUUACGCGUUUAGCGGUUGUGAUACAACAUCAGCACCUUUUGGCCAAGGAGAAAAUAAAUUUCUAUCGACAAUAA